UUGAGGGGUAGCGGGACAAGAAAAGCGUGAGGGCAAAACCCUACCAUAAGGAACCACACACAGUCUCACGGAUAGGAAGCACACCAAAAAUGUUGAUAUUUCAAAUUGCGACCCUGCUAUCCGCAGGGGCGUGCGUCCUUGCCCAGGUACCAGAGUUCAGCGAUGUGUGCACAGAGGGGAGCUGCUACCCCGCCACGGGAGACCUUCUCAUCGGCAGAGCCCACCAACUCUCUGCCAACUCCACAUGCGGCCUCCACCGGCCCGAGCCGUUCUGUAUCGUCAGUCAUUUACAGGAAGAGAAGAAAUGCUUUGUGUGUGACUCCACCGACGUCUAUGUCAAAAGCGUGGUUAACGCCACCACCGGCCACCGAGUGGAGAAUGUCGUGACCACAUUCGCCCCCAACCGCCUGAAAACCUGGUGGCAGUCAGAGAAUGGUCUUGAGAAAGUGACCAUCCAGCUGAACUUGGAGGCAGAGUUUCAUUUCACCCACCUCAUCAUGACCUUCAAGACCUUCCGGCCUGCUGCCAUGGUGAUUGAGCGGUCGGCUGACUUUGGGAAGAACUGGCAGGUGUACCGUUACUUCGCCUACGACUGUGAGUCAGCAUUCCCUGCCAUAUCCUCGGGGCCCAUGCAGAAAGUGGAUGACGUCAUCUGCGAUUCACAUUACUCCGACAUCGAACCAUCGACAGAGGGAGAGGUCAUCUUCCGAGUUUUGGAUCCAGUUUUCCGUAUUGAAGAUCCCUACAGCCCCAGAAUCCAAAACAUGUUGAAGAUCACCAACCUAAGGGUGAAGUUCACCAAGCUGCACACCCUGGGAGACAACCUGCUGGACUCCCGCAUGGAGAUCAAGGAGAAGUACUACUAUGCUGUCUACGACUUGGUGGUACGGGGUAACUGCUUCUGCUACGGACACGCCUCUGAGUGCGCGCCCGUCGAUGGGGCUGGGGAUGUUGUUGAGGGAAUGGUCCAUGGCCACUGUAUGUGCAACCACAACACCAUGGGGUUGAACUGUGAGAAGUGUCAGGACUUCUACCAUGACCUGCCCUGGAGACCAGCCGAGGGACGCAAUACCAACGCCUGUAAAAAAUGUAACUGUAACCAGCACUCAGACUCGUGUCACUUCGACAUGGCAGUAUACGUCUCCACGGGUAACGUGAGCGGUGGUGUGUGUAAUGAGUGCCAGCACAACACUAUGGGACACAACUGUGAACAGUGCAAACCCUUCUACUUCCAGCACCCAGAGAGGGACAUCCGUCACCCCAGUAUCUGUGAACCGUGUAACUGUGAUCCGGUGGGCUCUCUGAAUGGUGGGAUCUGUGACAGGAUGACUGAUGUGUCGUCUGGACUGAUCGCUGGCCAGUGUCGCUGCAAGCCCAAUGUGGAGGGAGAGCAAUGUGACCAGUGCAAACAGGCCCACUACGGCUUGGGAGACCACCUUCUGGGCUGCAUGGCCUGCACCUGUAAUGCCCUGGGGACAGUUCCUGGAGGGAGCCCAUGUGAUACAGACUCGGGAGGCUGUUACUGCAAACGCCUGGUCACCGGGAGGGACUGUGACCAAUGUAUGCCUCAGCACUGGGGGCUAAGCAAUGACAUGGAUGGCUGCAGACCAUGUGACUGUGACCUGGGUGGAGCCAUCAAUAACGAUUGUUCCCAAGAGACUGGUCAGUGUGUGUGUCGAGAACACAUGUUUGGCCGGCGCUGUGACCAGGUGGAGUCAGGCUUCUACUUCAUCGCCCUGGACCACUACACCUACGAGGCAGAGGAUGCCAAAUUUGGACCUGGUGUGACAGUAGUGCAGAGACCCCACCCUCAGGACCGUGGCCCCACCUGGACAGGGAUAGGUUUCGUCAAUGUUCCCGAGGGGGCCUACCUGGAGUUCUCCAUUGACAACAUCCCCCACUCCAUGGAAUAUGACAUCCUCAUCCGCUACGAGCCUCAGUUACCAGACCAGUGGGAGGAGGUGUUGAUGACGGUGAUGCGGCCCAGUGUGAUUUCAGCUGACAGUCGCUGUGCCAACACCAUGCCUGACGACGACAACCAGAUGAUAUCCCUCCACCCCGGAUCACGAUAUGCAGUGCUCCCCAGACCAGUGUGUUUCGAGGCAGGGAUGAACUACACUGUUCGUCUGAGUCUGCCCCUCUACUCCGCACUCAGUGACGUCCAGUCCCCAUAUACACUCAUCGACUCGAUUGUGCUGAUGCCCCACUGUAAGAACCUGGAGAUCUUCACUGGCUCUGAGGGCGGUGACUUGGCCACCAGCAGUGCCUGGGACACCUUCCAACGCUACCGCUGUCUGGAGAACAGUCAGAGCGUAGUGAAGACCCCGUCCACAGACAUCUGCCACAACUUUAUCUUCAGCAUAUCCGCUCUGCUGCACCAGGGAGCUAAAGCAUGCCAGUGUGAUCCGCAGGGCUCUCUCAGCACGGUGUGUGAUGCCAGCGGCGGGCAAUGCCAGUGUCGCCCCAAUGUAGUAGGCAGGAACUGUGACAAAUGUUCCCCUGCCACCUACCUCUUUGGACCCAGUGGCUGUAGAUCCUGUGAUUGCAAUCCCCAGGGAUCGGAGCAUGCGUUCUGCCAUGAGGCUACUGGCCAGUGUGCUUGUAUCCCCGGGGCGUACGGCCGUCAGUGUGACCACUGUUUGCCGGGACACUGGGGCUUCCCCAACUGUCGCCCCUGCACCUGCAAUGGCCACACUGAGCAGUGUGACCCCUACUCUGGAGAAUGCCUGAACUGCCGAGAACAGACCACCGGGCACAACUGUGAGAGGUGUCUGGAAGGUUACUAUGGCGACCCUGUCCUGGGUUCAGGGGAUCACUGUCGUCCCUGUAUGUGUCCGGACGGGCCAGGUAGCGGGCGGCAGUUUGCCGGUGGAUGUUAUCACGGUCUGGACUCUCACUACCAGGUGUUUUGUAUCUGCAGCCCUGGAUACAGAGGUGCCAGAUGUGAGGAAUGUGCCCCAGGUUACUAUGGAAAUCCCCAUGAGAACGGCGGGCAGUGCCAACCAUGCCAGUGCAACAACAACAUUGACAUGCUGGACCAGGAGUCCUGUGAUGCCAGGACAGGUGAAUGUCUCAAAUGUCUCUACCACACCGAGGGUCGAGGCUGCCACAGCUGCAAGCUGGGUUACUAUGGAGAUGCCCUCACACAAAAUUGCAGAAAGUGUGUGUGUAACCACCUGGGUACCAACCCAGCCACGUGCCCGGCGGUGAGCAACUGCCACUGUGAUCUGGGCAGUGGGCAGUGCCAGUGUCUACCAAAUGUGGUGGGUCAGCACUGUGACCAGUGUGCCCCCGACACCUGGAACAUGGCCAGCAAGAAGGGCUGCGAAUCUUGCGACUGUGACCCCAACCACUCAUUUGGAACGUCCUGCAACGAGCUGAGUGGCCAGUGCUCCUGUAAACCUGGCUUUGGGGGUAAAAUGUGUCAGGAGUGCAGAGAGUUGUUCUGGGGAGACCCUGAAGUCAAAUGCAAUGCGUGCGACUGUGACCCACAAGGCAUUGCCGAGCAGCAGUGCAACAAGGCCAACGGUAACUGUGUGUGCUUGGAGGGCGUGUCUGGUCCCCGCUGUAACCUCUGCGCCCGGGGCUACUCUGGCACCUUCCCCUACUGCGAACGCUGCCACCAGUGCUUCGCCGACUGGGACGUGAUCGUAGGUCAGCUGACCAAUCAGACCCACAGGCUGGUCAACAAGGUGAACACCAUCAAGGCCAGCGGCAUCACCGGACCAUACAAACAUGCCAUAGAUAACAUGGAGCAGAGCGCCGGGUCCAUAAGAACUAUCCUGGCCCAGAACCCGGCUACACAGCCACUGUCAGAGAUACAGCAGCUACUGGAGCAGGCCACAGAUCUAAUGGAAGAGAUGAGCAACAAGCUGAACCUCACUGAGGAGGCGUUGGCCCAGGUAUCAUCUGAUGACAACAGCACCAACACCAAACUGGACUCUCUCAAAGAGGACGCCCAGAAACUGGAUCGCACCGUCAAGGAGCUGCUGGACCAAGUGGAGCUCAUCAAGAACUCUGAUGUUCGGGGAGCGACAGACAGUGUCACAAAGUACUACCAGCAGUCUCUGGCUGCUGGGGCUCAGGCCAACGCCUCCACCACCGACCCAGGCAACCCCGUAGAGAGCUCUUUUGUUCUAAGACAAGCUACGGAGGACAAGAUGAACGACACCAGGGACGAGUUCCACAGGAGGCAGGAAGAACACGCCAAGAGACUGGAUGACCUGGCGGAUCAGCUGGAGACAUUGGACCUAUCAGAACUCAGUGAGAAGACGUGCGGCAGCCCAGCUGGUGAGGCGUGUGUAGACUCUCCGUGCGGGGGUCUGAGUUGUGUGGACUCUGAGGGGAACAGGAGGUGUGGGGGCGAGGGGUGUGACGGUCUGGUCACCCUGGCCAACAAUGCCUGGCAUAAGGCCAACCACUUUGACCAGGAGAUCCUCACGGCCAUGGAGGAGGUGGACAAGCUCUCCAAGAUGGUGUCAGAGGCCAAGGUGAAGGCAGAUGAGGCCAAGCUGAGUGCCCAGGACGUGCUGCUGAAGACAAAUGAGACCAAGCAGCGCGUGGACCAGAGCAAUGAGGAGCUGCGCAGCCUCAUCCGACAGAUCAGAGACUUCCUCACACAGGAUGCAGCAGACAUGGAGAGCAUCGAGGCAGUGGCCAACGAGGUGCUGGCCAUGCAGAUGCCCAGCACGCCAGCCCAGCUCCAGAAUCUGACAGACGAGAUCAGGGAGAGGGUGCGAGACCUGGCCCAAGUGGAGACUAUCCUCAACCACAGCGCUGACGACGUGCAGAGAGCCGAGAACCUACUGAAGCAGGCAGGCAGAGCCAGUAAAGAGGCCACAGAUGUGAGGGAAACAGCAGAGAUGGUGAAGCAGGCUCUGGAAGAGGCUGAGCGUGCCCAGAAAGCAGCAGCCGAGGCCAUCAAACAGGCCACCACAGACAUUAAAGGCACAAACGACCUCCUGUCCUCAGUGGAGUCGGAGACAGCGGACUCAGAGUUCAAGCUGAACAACGCCACCCAGAGGCUGCUGUGGUUAGAGAAAGACAUCACACUGCUCAGAGAGAAGGCACUGAACACCUCGCUUAGCUCUGAACAAACCGAGAGAGAUGCAGAGAGCAUCAACAAAGUGGCUGAGCAGGUCAAAAAGGACCUGGACUCGGAGCUGAAGGAUAAGUACAGCACCGUGCAGGACCUGAUCAAACAGGAGGCCGGGGGCGUGGCCGAUGCCAAGAAGAGGGCGGAGCUUCUACAGCAGGAAGCCACAGACCUUCUGCUACAGGCCAGUGACAAGCUGCAGCUACUGAAAGAUUUAGAGAAGUCCUACGAGGACAACCAGAAGACUCUGGAAGACAAGGCCAACCAGUUGGUGGAUCUGGAGAAGGCUGUCAAAGAGCUGCUGCAGGAGAUCAGUCACAAAGUCACCGUGUACAGCACCUGUCUGUUUUAAACACAACCCCCAGUACGGGGUUGUGAAGAAAACUGGUUCACAAAGCAAAAUGAACGCCAACCAAGGAAUAGAGGCCAUUUGAAACCAGAAGAUAUUUAAUAUUACUGGCACAGAGCCCCUAGAGACUGGACACAUUAAACGUACCACCCACUCACACUCCCUGGUUUCAUCAUUUGAAAUCAAAGAUUACUGUUUACUUUUAUACUGUUUCUAAGUCUAACAAGUGGUUUUCGUGUGGAAAAAGCAGGGGAUAAAAAAGAAGUAAUCUGUUUCUAUUUGUAGGAAACAAGGAGAGCGAAUAAGUGAGAAAUCAGAAUCCUGCCAAAGAGUUUACCAUCCAAGCUACAGCCAACAUUUAAGAUACACAGUACCAGCUAGACAUCAUCGCCUACAUAUACAAAGUGACAUGAACCAGCCAGACUUUACAACUACCUUGAUUGGCAGUACUUCUAGCACACAGUGUGUGAGAAUGUUAUGGUUCGAAUUUUUGAGAAUGAGAGCUUUGAGGCGAAUUUGUGCAUUCAGAUAUUUGGAGACCAUCCUCCUAACAUUUUAAAAUAAAAAAGAAAAUGUGCAUUGUUUUGAAAUGGUUGCAAAGAAAUUCCCCCUCCAUUUAAACCAGAAUGUAAUUCAAUAAUUUUUUCUUGAGUUCGAAAACCAAUGCCUUGAGGGCUGAAAGCAUGAAUGUAAAGGUUUGACUUAACUUUUUACCAUGAGACUGGAUUAUUUUGUAUAUUUGUAUGCAACAUUGUAUGAACCAACUGGUUACUUUCAAAGUUACCUUGACCAACACAUUUAUUUUCAAUUUGGAGGAAAAAAAACAUUUGAAAUCCCAUCAAUUAUGUGUUACAUCUUGACAAGUUCUGAGAGUUAUUGUUUUUAAACAUAUUUACUAUUUUGAGCCUUAGCCUCUCACCUUAACACUAUAGUGUACCUGUUAUGGUAAAAUGGGGAUGUGUUUGUGGGCCUCAGAGUACUCCUGGGAGGCAGCCACAUACAGAGCAGACCUUCUGUGUACACUAAGCAUUAGAUCCAAUGCCUUGGCUAGAUCUGAAACACAAGAGACAUUAAGCUACUCACAAUUUUGUUUUUAUCCUUGAUUUAUUGUCUUAUUUUUUGUUUUAUAGUGUCCUUGUUAUUUUAUUUUUAACAGGCGCUUUAAAACCAAUGUAUUACAAUUAUUAGUGCUAGCAUAGGGCAAAUGUGACAGGACUCUUCAUAAAUUCUCCCAAUAUGCCACAAAUUUCAAUGAAAUGCAUUCAUCCCUUCUUUCCUGGAAUAAGUCAGGUUUGAUAUGUUUGAAUUGAUGAUAGCAGGGUGGUAACUUUCAUUUGACUUAAAUCACAAAUGGAUUAUUCAAUCACACAUAGGCCUAUAUUAUGGACACUGGCAGACAGGUUAACCUGGUUGGGUUGUAUCAAUCAAUCAAUGAAAUGUAUUUAUAAAGCCCUUCUUACAUCAGCUGAUGUCACAAAGGUCUGUACAGAAACCCGGCCUAAAACCCCAAACAGUAAGCAAUGCAGGUGUAGAAGCACGGUGGCUAGGAAAAACUCCUUAGAAAGGCCGGAACCUAGGAAGAAACCUAGAGUGGAACCAGGAUAUGAGGGGUGGCCAGUCCACUUAUGGCUGUGCCGGGUUGAGAUUAUAACAGAACAUGCCCAAGAUGUUCAAAUGUUCAUAGAUGACCAGCAGUGUCAAAUGAUAAUAAUCACAGUGGUCUAGAGGGUGCAACAGGUCAGCACCUCAGGAGUACAUUUCAGUUGGCUUUUCAUAGCCGAUCAUUCAGAGUAUCUCUACCACUCCUGGUGUCUCUAGAGAGUUGAAAACAGCAGGUCUGGGACAAGGUAGCAUGUCCGGUGAACAGGUCAGAGUUCCAUAGCCACAGGCAGAACAGUUGAAACUGGAGCAGCAGCACGACCAGGUUGGACUGGGGACAGCAAGGAGUCAUCAGGCCAGGUGGUCCUAGGGCUCAAGUCCUCCGAGGAGAUGGGAGAGAGAGAGAAUUAGAGAGAGCAUACUUAAAUUCACACAGGACACCGGAUAAGACAGUAGAAAUACUCCAGAUAUAACAGACUGACCCUAGCCCUCCGACACAUAAACUGUUGCAGCAUAAAUACUGGAGGUUGAGACAGGAGGUAUCAGGAGACACUGUGGCCCCGUCUGUCGAUAUCCCAGAACAGGGCCAAACAGGCAGGAUAUAACCUCACCCACUUUGCCAAAGCACAGCCCCCACACCACUAGAGGGAUAUCUUCAACCACCAACUUACUAUCCUGAGACAAUGCCGAUUAUAGCCCACGAAGAUCUCCCUCACGGGGGUGCGCCAACCCGGACAGGAAGAUCACGUCAGUGACUCAACUCACUCAAGUGGCGCACCCCUCCUAGGGACGGCAUGGAAGAGCACCAGUAAGCCAGUGACUCAGCCCCUGUAAUAAGGUUUGAGGCAGAGAAUCCCAGUGGAGAGAGGGGAACCGGCCAGGCAGAGACAGCAAGGGCGGUUCGUUGCGCCAAUGCCGUUUUGUUCACCUUCACACUCCUGGCCCAGACUACACUCAAUCAUAGGACCUACUGAAGAGAUGAGUCUUCAAUAAAGACUUGAAGGUAGAGACUGAGCCUGCGUGUCUCACAUGGAUAGGCAGACCAUUCCGUAAAAAUGGAGCUCUAUAGAAGAAAGUCCUGCCUCCAGCUGUUUGCUUAGAAAUUCUAGGGACAGAAAGGAAGCCUGCGUCUUGUGACUGUAGCGUACGUGUAGGUACGUACGGCAGGACCAAAUCGGAAAGAUAGGUAGGAGCAAGCCCAUGUAAUGCUUAGUAGGUUAGCAGUAAAACCUUGAAAUCAGCCCUUGCCUUAACAGGAAGUCAGUGUAGAGGCUAGCACUGGAGUAAUAUGAUAAAAAAGGUAAAAUAUAUAGUGAAAACAAUAGUGGUCCUAAAACGGAGCCUUGAGGAACACCAAAAUGUACAGUUGAUUUGUCAGAGGCAAAACCAUCUACAGAGACAAACUGAUAUCUUUCUGACAGAUAAGAUCUAACCAGGCCAGAACUUUUCCGUGUAGACCAAUUUGGGUUUCCAAACUGACGUCCUUGGGUAGGUGGAGGGAGUCUGGAAGGGCAUCUAGGAAUCUUUGGGUUGUCCGAUAAUUUUUAGCAUGGCUUUUGAUGAUUCUUGGUUGGGGUCUGAGCAGAUUAUUUGUUGCGAUUGAAAACAUAAUAAAAAUGGUGGUCCGAUAGUCCAGGAUCCACAACAUUUAUUCCACGGGACAAAACUAGGUUCAGAGUAUGACUGUGGCAGUGAGUAGGUCCGGAGACAUGUUGGACAAAACCCACUGAGUCGAUGAUGGCUCCGAAAGCCUUUUGGAGUGGUUCUGUGGACGUUUCCAUGUGAAUAUUAAAGUCACCAAUGGCUUUUGUGUGA